GCCCUGGAGCUGCUUUUUUUCACCGAAUGCAGAUUCUCUUAUCUUAGCCUGUGUACCAGCCCUCGGCGCUGAGAGUGCUGCCGGUGAUCCAUUUGUUCCAUUGAAGCCUGCGCCAGCACCCCGUGCAGCCAAGCGCUCACGUCCCCCUUGCCACCCUUUCCCCCACCAUCGCCAUCACCAUGAACAGCCUGGGCAUUAAGGUUUGCCGGCGUUAUCAGUGCUGUCAGCUUUGGGCCUUCUUGCUCGGCUUGGUUACCUUAUUCGGGGUGGCUCAGGCCGUGCCAACCAUCGUGGCGCGGCGUGAUGUCGCAAAUUUGUAUGGUCGCAUACGUGUCACAACUGCUUCCUCGGUCUCCCCAGCGGCUGAUGCAUGGGCAGUGUUUGCGGAAUAUGCCAUGCCCAUCGCCCCCAUUGUCGGGCCUCUCGUGGCAGCGAGUCACCCUUUGCAGUGUGCCAUGUCCCCCGACCCUGACCUGCAAGAGCUCUUGGCCAGCAGCGCCUCCAAUAACCCCAUUGUGGUAGCCCCGGCCAAUUUUUCAGCCACCUGCACUCCCUAUCAGCUAGCUCGUCAACUCCGCAAAGCCGGCGCCGCCGCGCUCAUUAGCAUCCCGCAAGAUUCGUUCCAAAGCUAUGCUCGCGUCCUCCAACGCACCGCCACCGAGGUGGAGCUGCCCGUCUGGACCGACUUUGCACACGUCUCCGUGACGGGACCGGAUGGGGCCAAUCUCUGGCGGCUGGCGCUGUCUGGAGCCAACGCACGCCCCACUGCGUCCUUUCACCCAUCAGGCGUAGCCUCGAGCGUUGCCCCUGCUACCACCGAGGAUGGCAGCGCAACUGAUGCCUUACCACACAACGGCUUUGCCUUUCAUGCCGCGUUGAUCUUAGCCAUCCUCGCUCUUUUGACCGUGGUCUGCGUCAUCACAGUCUUCAUUGCAAAACGACGUCGCUACUAUUUUUCAAACUGGAACCAGGCCGAACAGGGAACCGUGCAUCGCCAGCGGGCCCUGUUGAUCCGCCAUGCCAUGGCCGUGAUCUGUCACUCUGAUCGUGUUCGCACUCUGCCCGCAUCACUGGAUGAAAAGCCCGCCUCAGAUUUAGGCCCCAUUCCGUUGUCUUCACGCCCUCCCGCUUCCCCUGCCUCGUCGACUGCGCCCGCAUCGCCAUCGCUGCUGACCCCCCUAAGCCCCGCCUUGACAUCCAUGCUCACCCGGGCGCCUGAUACCAAAUCAGACGACUCGGGCUCGACAGAAUGUGUCAUCUGCAUUGACGAUCUGGGGCCGCACUGCCUUGAGCUACCGUGCACUCAUCGCUUUCACAAAGAUUGCAUUCUCACCUGGCUCACUGAUCACUACACCUGUCCGCUGUGCAAGUUCCAUCUGCUUCUGAACCGCCCAGCGAGUUUGCUGGCUCGUCUCAGCGAUACCACCUUGCAUGAGCUCACCAUUCUGGUGGCCCGUGAGGUGGUCCUGUCGGGCGAUGCCAAUCUGCCCAUUCGAAACGUGGAUGCCGUCAUUGAUUUUCUACAGGUGGACGACGGAGAAGCCGAGCCUGACGUUUUGCACCAGUCUCGUCAGGACAAUUCCUCGGCUCUUACCCCCUCUUCUGGUGCUGACACCGUAUCCUCGAGGUCUUCCACGCGCCCAGCCCCCCCCACCGGCCAACUUCAGCACGCGCUUGCCUCGGUCGAUGGCGGGCAACUUUUCCCUCCUACCUCGCUGCUCGGCCGUGCCCGUGCGGGCGCGUCAGCUGUCCAUACCGAGGUGCUGCUGGAUGCGCGCACUCGGGAACUGGAAUGGGACGACAACGAGCUUCCCAGCCAACAGGGUGCCACGGCCUCAGUGAUCUGCUAAAAAUUACAGCGUGGUAGGGCCAAGUAGUAUAAUUAGAUGCCCGAAUGUUUUAAUCUCAGAUAAUUGACUCUUGAUCAUC